AUGCAUCUCAGAUGUAGGCCUCUGCCGCUACAAUCCAUUGGCCUAGGUUACAAACAGGAGAAGGUCCGGAUGGUGCUGGAGCUGAGGGAUUCCACUGAUCAACUGGUGAGAGCAGCUGGCCCCAAGGUACGAACAGGGAGGAAGUGGAAAGCACAGGAGGAGGUGGACAUAGUGAUCAGCAGGCUGAAACAUCGCAGUGUCUCAAAACCAACAGGGAGGCUGGUUGUCUUGAGAAGGCAUCACUUGUUUUACAGGAGCUGUCAGAGUAUGACCAGCCUGUUCAGUAACACCAUGUCUCCUGCCAAAGAUGGAAGCUCAUCUCUGCCUCGAUGCUCCAGCAGCCUCGGCAAGCCUCCACUUCGGGCGCUGUACGAUCUGCUCAUUGCACCGAUGGAGGGGGGUCUGAUGCACUCCAGCGGACCAGUGGGUCAACACAGACAACUAGUGAUGGUGCUGGAAGGAGAACUUUACCUCAUUCCUUUUGCUCUAUUGAAAGGAAGCUCCUCUAACGAGUACCUGCACGAGCGCUUCAGCCUCAUUGCUGUUCCCUCCAUCCAUGGCCUUGAAUCCAAUGCAAAGGAACAGCCUCGACGCCCAAGUCCUACUCCUUGUGGUGGCGUCUCCAUGGCAGCAGUGGUGGGAAACCCUCAACUGCCAUCUCUUGUGAUGGACCGCUGGCUGUGGAGACCUAUGCCCUCUGCAGAGGAGGAGGCUCUGAUGGUGGCUGAACUCCUGGGGUGUCAACCUUUAGCUGGUUCUUCUGCCACCAAGGAGAGAGUGUUGAGUGCUCUCACACUGGCUGAGUGUGCUCACUUCGCAACCCACAUUUCCUGGAAGUUAGCCGCUCUGGUGCUUACCCCAAACCCAGACAAUGUGCCUGCGGGGUGGAGGCAGUCGGAGGGGCAUAGCUACACCAUCCCAGUGUCUUUGCACAUGCAGGAUGACAGCAGUGACAUGGAGAACAUCUAUGACAGUCCACCUCUCCAGGAGUUCCUCCUCACCGCUGCUGACAUUUUGGACCUGAGGCUGCCCGUCAAACUGGUAGUGCUGGGUUCAUACCAGGAGUCCAGCAGUAAGGUUACUGCAGAUGGCGUCGUUGGACUGACCCGAGCCUUCCUGGCUGCAGGAGCUCAGUGUGUCCUUGUUUCCCUGUGGCCUGUUCCCGUGGCUGCCUCAAAGAUUUUUGUACAUGCCUUCUACACUGCCCUGCUCAACGGAACAAAGGCCAGCGUUGCGUUGGCCGAUGCUAUGAAGACAGUUCAAAGCAGCAAACAGUAUUCACAUCCAUCUAAUUGGGCAGGGUACAUGUUGAUAGGAAAUGAUGUGAAACUCAACAGUCCAUCCUCCCUCAUUGGUCAAGCUUUAGCAGAAAUUCUUCAGUAUCCAGAUCGAGCCCGAGAUGCCCUGAGAGUUUUACUCCACCUGGUGGAGAAGUCACUACAGAGGAUACAGAAUGGCCAGCUUAACUCCAUGUACACGUCCCAGCAGAGUGUGAAGAACAAGGUAGGGGGCGUCCCAGGCUGGCAGGCACUGUUGACGGCUGUGGGUUUCCGUCUGGACUCCGCAGGAACAGGGAUGCCUUCUGCUGUCUUUUUUCCCACUGCAGACCCAGGAGACAGGCUUCAGCAGUGCAGCACCACUUUACAAUCACUGCUGGGUCUGCCACCACCAGCUUUGCAGGCCUUGUGCAAACUCAUCACAGCGUCAGAGGCAGGAGAGCAACUCAUUAACCGGGCUGUUAAAAAUGUGGUGGCAAUGCUCCACCAGGUGCUAGUUCAACUGCAGUCAGGAGAAAAAGAACAGGAUUUUUUCCUCCUGCCGAUUCAGGUGUCCAUCAGUGUACAGCUCUGGAGGCUGCCAGGCUGUCACGAGUUUUUGGCCGCUCUCGGAUUUGACUUGUGUGAGGUAGGCCAAGAAGAAGUGGUGCUAAAGACUGGAAAGCUAGCUAACCGCUGCACCUUGCACUUUGCCCUCCAAUCUCUCCUGGCACUUUUUGAUUCCACAGAACUCCCCAAGCGUUUGAGCCUGGACAGCUCAUCUUCCCUCGAGUCUCUUGCUUCUGCCCAGUCUGUGACCAACCCUCUGCAUAUGGGAUACUCUAGCCUCCCAUUUUCUCCUCCAUGCCUGGACAGUCAGGCUUCUGAUGCUAGCUCUGUCUACAGCCUCAGCUCCGUAGUCUCUUCAAUGAGCUUUGCUUCAAAGUCAGAUUGUGAUUUCCUUGGUAGGCAGCGAGGUGGGGCUAUGGCUCACUACUCUGUCCAUAAGCACUCUCAUGGUCGCUGUAGCCGCUCCUCCCCUCAUGGUGCAACUGCUGCAGUGACCGGAGUCCAUCGGGAUGAAGAGGAAUAUGAAGGAUUUUCUAUAAUCAGCAGCGAGCCAUUGGGAAGUCACUGUGAUUCCCUUCCUCUGCCACCAGGUCAUGGCCAGCGCCACCUUCGUGGAGGCAGAAGGGUUGUUGGAGGGUCUGGCACAGGAGCAGGUCGAGGAUACAGCUUGUCUGUAUCAUCAAGGGGUAGCGUCAGUACCCCCACCUCUCCAGUCAAAACAUGUCUGGUGCCCAGCCCAAACUCACCAUUCCAGAAGGUGUGUAAAGUGAGCAGUUCCGAUACUGGAGAAUCUGAUCAGUCCAGUACUGAAACAGACAGUACAGUCAAGUCUCAAGAGGAGAAAACUAUCCCUCUGGAUCCUCAGAAGCUGGAUCAGAAGAUUCUUAAGGAGACCCACAGCCAUCUACGGGCUAUAGGGAGUCUUCAGCAAGCUGGCACGGACAGCGGGACAACUGGUGGGACCACAACACGAAACAGUGCGUUUCGAUCCUCAGAAACAAGUGCUUUUAGUCAUCCUAAUAGCAGUGCCAGUGGCAGAGCUCAGUCUUCCCCAAAACCCAAGCCUCCCUCUCGUUCAUCUUCCCUGCAGAAGAUCAGCUCGGGCUACAAUAGUCCUGUAGUCUCUGAGUCUUCACAAAAAGAAGGCAGCCAUUCUUCUCCUUCUUUGGACAUUCAUGCACAGUUCAAACUUAAGUACCCAAGCUCCCCAUAUAGUAGUCAUAUUUCUCGUUCACCAAGCAAUGUGUCUCCAGCUUCUGGUCAACAGUCACCAGCAGGGGGUGCUCCGUCCCCUGCACUGUCCUAUUCAUCCACAGGCUCUGCCUGCUCUACGUCGGCAGAAGCCUCAGAUUUUGACCGACUACAACGAGGGGUCAUUGAUGAAAAAGUCCAAGCAAUUCACAACUUAAAGACAUUUUGGGCUAAUGCUGCAGCCCAGCAACAGCAACAUCUCGGUCCUGUCAAAGCUGUCCACAGUUCUCCUGGACCCCUUGCUUCUGCUAGCAGGGAUGUACUGAGCCUUCUUAACCAUUCCCCACGACGUUGUUCCCCAAAUGACACCCAAGACAGCCUGGAGUUGCAACCUCUGGUCAAAGGUAGUAAGAACUCUUCCAAUGGACACAGCUGCUCAAACACUAGAAAGGUGUCUCCCUCGCCAACCAUUUCCACAAGUAAUAGCCCUAGUGCUCGUUCAAUUCGAUUACCUGCUGGCAAUGGAUACAAGUUCCUAUCACCAGGGAGGUUCUUCCCAUCUUCAAAAUGCUAGGACAUUUAAAAUGAUCAGAAUUCCUAUCUUGUCUCCCAGAGGGGUAGGGCACAUUUUCACUGUUGGCCCAACUUUCUUGAAUGACAGGGAGGAACUUGGUUUGGGUCAAUGAGUGUGAUCCCACAAAGGCACAGGAAUGUUAUGGUGUGUGUUUAUCUUGGUGCCCAGUAACAACACUGUAAAUGGCAAUGAGAAGAAUUCAACGACCUGAUACUGUGUUUGUGUGUAAUUGUGUAAUUGUGUGUCAGGUACCUGUCAAUGCCACUUGGUAUAAUUUUCUUCCCAAAAUGCUGUUUGUGUGGGCAAGGAUUCCACAGCUAAGCCUGUUUUCCUCUAUUCAGUUUUGUUAUUAAUGCAAUGGUUAUUGUUUGUUAUUGUUAUUAAUAUUAAAUUGAUUGUUAUUAUUAUGUUCUAUCCAUCCAUCCAUCCAUUUUCAUCCACU